AUGGCGUGUAUGCAGAGACGGAUGCAUAAUGAAUGGUUGGCUUUGCAGAAUGAUCCACCUCCAGGAAUGACUCUGAAAGAAAGAAGAGAUCAGAAUACAAUCACAGAGUGGGUUAUAGAAUUGAAGGGCCCUCCUCGAACUCUGUACGAGGGCCAGAGGUUCCAGCUUCUCUUUACAUUUAGCAGCCGAUACCCGUAUGAACCUCCUCAGGUCAUGUUUACCGGCGAGAACAUCCCAGUCAAUCCGUUGGUCUACAACAACGGACACAUCCGUCUGUCCAAUUUAGCAGAGCACUGGUCUCCAGUUCUGACUGUCCGAUCCUGGUGCUUUAGCAUUAUCAGCAUACUAUGCAUCGGGAACGUGAAGUAUGGUCCACCCAAUAACUCCAACGACGUACAAACAUGUAAUAACUCCCCAAAGAAGAGAAAGUGGUGGUGGUGGUGGUGGUGGUGGUGGUAG